AUGAACCAAAUACCUAAGUUCAGGUUUUUCUCCCUCCUGGCAGUUAGCAUUUUAUUCAAUGCUACCAAGGCAUUUUCUGUAACUGCCUCUGUGAGUUUAUUUUAUUUCAACAGUGCCAGCAACACAACUGUGUCCGAGCACUGUGAAUGUGGCCUGUAUGGAUUAAAUUCUCCUCUGCUUAGUGCGCAGGGGCUUGUGAGCAUUCCAAAAUCUGCAAAUCUUCUAGCCUGCGAUGCCAAUACUGAGUUCACAAUCAUGAAACCACCGUGGAUAGCACUGAUUGAAAGAGGCAAUUGCACUUUUGCUGAAAAAAUCAAGGUGGCUGCCAGAAGGGGUGCAACAGCAGCUGUGAUCUACAACGCAGUGGACAAGGGCAACAGCACCGUCCUGAUGUCACAUCUCGGUGCUGAAAGCAUUGUUGCCAUUAUGAUUGGCAACCUGAAAGGCACAGAGAUCUUACACCGGAUUGAGAGUGGCAUGAAAGUGACCAUGGUUAUUGAAGUGGGGAAAAAGCAUGGUCCGUGGAUGAAUCAGUACUCCAUCUUCUUCAUUUCGGUGUCAUUUUUCAUUGUCACAGCAGCAACCAUGGGUUACUUUAUUUUUUAUUCUGCUUGGAGACUCAGAAUCGCAAGGGCCCAGUCCAGGAACCAGCGACAGCUGAAGGCCAGGGCUAAGAAGGCCAUCGAACAGUUAGAGCUGCGCACCCUGAAGCAAGGGGACAAGGAAACUGGUCCUGAUGGUGACUGCUGUGUUGUGUGCAUCGAGCCGUACAAGCCCAACGAAGUAGUGCGCAUUCUCACCUGCAACCAUCUCUUCCACAAGAACUGUAUUGACCCCUGGCUUCUGGAACACAGAACAUGCCCGAUAUGCAAAUGUGACAUACUCAAAGUUCUGGGUGUUGAGGUGGAUGCAGAAGAAGGGGCUGAGUCUGUGCAAGUCACAGUAUCCAGAUCCAGUGGGGUAUCAAAUGUUCCUACAGUUCAUGAAGAAGAUAAUCGUAGUGAAACAGCAUCAUCUGGAUAUGCUUCUGUACAAGGAGCAGAUGAAUCUGCCCUAGAGGAACAUACACCAUCAGAAAAUGACAACAUGCAUCUUGUGAACAAUGAAUCCCAGCCCUCUGCUGUGAACAUCCUUCCACAUGUUGACAACCCAAGUUUUGAGGCAGAUGAAACACAAGUUGAAGUCAAGUCCUAAGAACACGUCCAGCAACAUGGUGUAAGCCUUGUGCAAGGAGCUGCCUUCUGCCAUCUCAUGUCUACCAAACACUGCAAGA